GUUUAAUUGCAGCGAGAUCUGGUGGACCGCUGCACACGCUUUACAGGCGCGUAAGAAGCAACAUCUUCACCGGUAACAGAUUUACAAUUCCGAUAUCUUCUCUCUCUCACUCAACCUCCACCAAACUCGCUGAUCUAUUCUCCAUCCUCUCUCUCAAUUUAUCGCCUGGAUUUGCGCCUUCAUCCAUGGCGUGCAUUUCAGUCCAGUGCUUACUACUACUGCCCACUCUCGCAAUACUAUUAUCACUCUUCACAUCAGUGGAAUCCUCAAUUCACAUCUAUAACAGAGAUCCAUUCAGAGAAGUUGGAAAUGCUUACCUUGUCUCCGGUGGAAGUGAAGGCGUCGCUUCCUCCCGCUUCAUUCCUCCGCCCCGUCGCCCAUUUCGCUCUACGGCCCAUGAUGGCCUCUCUUAUAUCAGGUUUGAGAAUAUCACAUUUUGGAGGAGCAAAGCAGCUGCAGACCAGCAUCCAACUAUGGCGUAUAAUAGUGGGUUGGUUCAAAUCAUAAUAUUUGAGGCUGCAGAUCGUGACAAUAUUGGUGGUUCGCCAUAUGGUGGGCAAAGGUCCAUUUGUUGCACCGCUGAUCUUGCUAAACUUGAAGGUUGCAAGCAAGGCGAAGUCAUUAGAACACCUUCAGUGACGGAUGCUAAUUGGCCAAUGGUGUUGAAUGUAAACUUUAAAGGAAGACAACUGUCAGUCCAAUUGAAGAAGAAGGAGGUUUACAUAAAAAAGACGGGAAUGUAUAACCUCUUCUUCAUCUCAUGUGAUCCUAAGCUUAAGGGAAUGAAGGUAUCUGGGAGGACAGUAUGGAAAAAUCCUGAUGGAUAUUUGCCUGGUCGAAUGUCGCCCCUAAUGAAGUUUUAUGCUAUAAUGACCGUAGCAUAUAUACUUCUCACUGCAAUCUGGUGUCUUCAGUAUGUCAGACACCGGCAGGACGUUCUGCCGCUCCAGUACUGCAUCACUGGAGUUAUUGCCCUUGGGUUAUUGGAGAUGAUAUUUUGGUAUUUUGAUUAUGCUUAUUUCAACAAUACUGGUGCAAGGCCUGUGGGACUCACAAGUUGGGUUGUUACAAUUGGAGCCACAAGGAGAACUGUUUCACGCCUUCUUAUUCUUUCUAUCUCAAUGGGUUAUGGUGUUGUUCGCCCUACCCUUGGUGGUCUCACCACAAAGGUGCUCCUUCUUGGAAUAACCUAUUUUGUGGCAUCUAUACUGCUAAACAUUACCGAAUACGUUGGUACAAUAAAUGACAUUGCAGGGCGAGCAAGAAUUAUGUUGGUCCUUCCUGAUGCAUUAUUAGAUGCAUUCUUGAUCUUAUGGAUUUUCACUUCUCUUUCAAAGACACUGGAGCAGCUGCAGGCAAAGAGGAGUUCUGUGAAGUUGGAUAUUUACAGACAAUUUUCAAAUGCAUUAGCAAUCACUGUCAUUGCUUCAGUUGCAUGGAUUGGAUAUGAGGUUUACUUCAAAGCAACAGAUCCCUUCAAUGAGAGGUGGCAGGGAGGUUGGAUCAUCACUGCUUUCUGGGAUAUUCUUGCCUUUGGACUGCUGUGUGUCAUCUGCUACCUAUGGGCACCAUCUCAGACCUCACAACGAUAUGCAUACUCUGAUGCAAGGGGUGAAGACGAGGAUGAAGAAACUGAAUCCUUAUGCAAAGAAACUCCACAAGGUGACAUUGGUCUUAUCAAAAUGGAUAGGAAGGAAGGUAGCGACAGUUCUGAUGUAGAAGAUGAUACACAAGAGGGUAAAAGGGAAUGAUUGGUGAAGUUUGAAAGCUUGCUUUACAGAGAUCAAUACCAAGAUGAAGAUCCAGUAAAGGGAAUGAUUGGCUCUGCUAAACGCAAACUUCACAAAAUUAAUUCAUUGAAUUUAUACGGAAAAGUGUGCUGCAUGAUUUUCGACAAACCACAGAAGAAGAAUGAAACUGGAGAUGAGCGAUGCCACUUCGCAUUGUAAGUAAGUAGUAAACCUUUAUCACCUCACAUGUGAACUUCAGAUGUAGUGUUCCAUUUCUGAAAGAAUUAGAAAAAUGCUUCCCAAGGUCUAAUUAGAUGGACCGUCUUAUAUUUAGUGGCAGUUUUGUUCAGUGCAAACUAUCUGAAAGUUUAGGGUGUGAAUCAGUUAAAUGUAGUUGUCUACAUGCUUGCCUUUUCUUUUUCUAAUUUUUAGUUCCUGUAACAUUGGGGAAUAAGCUGAUUAUGCAGAACUCCUGUAUAUUUGUCAUAUAUAUUCAUGUAUCUUAAUGUUUUUGUUACACCCCA